AUGGCAGAGCUUAAACGGCAGAUGGUUCAACGGAAUGACGAAGAGCACAAUGUACUUGAAGAGCGCAUUCACCUGCCUUUUGGGGAGCUGGCCUGCAAAUGGUGGGGUCCACGAAAUAUUCGACCGAUCGUGUGUUUGCACGGGUGGCUGGACAACGCGGGAUCAUUCGAUCGCCUAAUUCCACUGCUUCCACGCGAAAUGAGUUUCCUCGCAAUCGACAUACCGGGACAUGGACGGUCGGCUCAUCUACCGGCGGGUGUGGCAUAUAAUGCGCUCGACACUCUGCGGUUGCUAUUACACCUGAUGCAGUACUACGGCUGGUCGCGCAUUUCUCUAAUGAGUCACUCGAUCGGAGCAAUCAUGAGCUACGUUUUCGCUGGUGUUUUUCCUGAUCGAGUGGACCUGCUAAUUUCGUUCGAUCUACUAAAACCAUUCAUCCUCGAUCCGGAUAUGGUUCUGUUCCUGCUAGCGGAUUCUCUUCCGAAAACUCUUGACUUUACCUCGGACUUGGAGACACCAUCCGAGGGAAAGUUGUUCAAGUACGACGACUACGUCCAGCACAUGCACGCUGGAUUUCAUGAGUCGAUCAGCCGGGAAGCUUGCCACUUUUUGUUGUACCGCGCCAUAGAACCGUCUAGCGAACAGAAAGGAUUGUUUCGCCGUCGAACGGAUCCCCGUGUCCGGCAUAAUCAUGGGCUCGUGUGGUCGCACGAUUUGAAUCUGGAAAUGGCACGACGAAUCAGGGUGCCAUUUUUGUACCUCAAAACCACCGAAACGCCACUGUUCGAGGAUCCACAGUAUCAUCAGGACACGAUCGAUAUGCUUACGACUCAUAACGAACAAUUCGUUCAUGCCAACGUGGAAGGAAAACAUCACGUGCAUCUUUCUGACCCGGAACGUGUAGCUCCGUUAGUGCAAAGCUUUUUGACCAAACAUUGGACCAAGGAAAAAUACUUAGCUAGCAAAUUGUGACCGGCCAGAAUGUGUGCCCUAACACAUUGCAAUCCUAAGCACCAUAUAGCCAAUAAAUAAAUGGUCUCGUUAAAUUAUACCAGGCUAACGAAAUGGACAAAUCCACCAUUUAUAGUACACAUACCGGCAAGGUCACCGGAUUGUUUCAUUGGCGAAGGUAAAGAUUUAUUGUAAAAUUGUUUUAUUUGGUGCGAGGGUAGCUCGUUUG